GCGUCGGCCGAGAGCGACGUGGAGCUGAUGCGCACGAUCCUGGGCGAGCACGUGCCGCAGAGCGUCAUCCUCACGUGCCUCAACGCCUGCGCCUUCGACGUGAGCGCGGCGCUCAAUUGGUACUUCGCCGAGGUGGCGGCGUCCCCCACCGCGGCCGCCGCAGCCUCCGCCGCCGUCCCGCAGCGGCCCGUGGCGGCCGACGCCGUGCCCAGCAUCCAGUCGGGGCUGAGCCUCACGCUGCACCCGCGCGCCAUGGAGGGCAUGGUGAGCAAGUCGGAGGCCUACUACGCGACGCUCACGAGGGGCGACCCGGCCUACGACAUGCUCACGCCCAGCAACGACAAGUUCCUGACCAUCCGCCUGCGCAAGCGCGGCUGGCGCACCGGAACCUUCCUGGGGAUGCCCUCGCCCGCCACGCAGAGGCCCUACUUCGCCAACGGAGACGUCGUCACGCUCGAGUGCAACGGCCUGUGGCUCAAGGCCAGCUCGCUCAACAAGAUGCUGCAGUGGAAGGCGCCGUCCGAGGACGACCGCAACAAGUUCGUGAUCCGAGGCCUGCCGCUGGGCAAGAACCUUGCCCCCGGGGACUACUUCUUCCUCACGAGCUACAAGUGGAAGGACAAGGAGAUUGUGCGCAAGGACGAGCGGCCCGUCGGCAUCAGCAGCUACAACACCAACGUGCACCGCUGCUUUCUCGGCCUCGAGCGCAUCAAAACGGCGAACCAGCGCUUGUAUCUGUACGCCAAGCUGACCCAGAAUGCACUCAAGAGUCUACCGAAACCCGACGACCCGAUCGAUGUCAACCACCUGACAAUCAGUGUCAUGGGCACACCCAUGUCGACGGGCAGCAUCAGCCUUCACGAGCAGAACCAUUCGCGGCGGAAAGACUCCAUCUCCGACGAAAUCCAGCUCACAAACGCCAAGAUCGAGCAGAUGGCAAACAUCAUCGGUACAGAUGUGUCUCGUGAUCGACUAGCCAACUUUUUGGACGGUGCUGGUGGAGAUGUACAAGUGGCGCUGGAACACUAUUUUAUGAGUGUAUCGACCCCGGCACAAGAGACGACAUCAAGCAGCGCACCACCAUCUAUACAGAUUCCAACCAGGGACUCAGUGACCAGCCUCGAAGAGGCUCAAGCUCGAGCACACGCUGAAGCCCAGGCAAACCACGACCGCCGACCUCUGAGUCAGCUCAUUCUGGGCAUCCCGUCUAUUGCCGAACCAAUCCCGUCGCCGAGCACGGAACCGGUAUCAAUCCCCCCGCCAAGUAGCUUAAAGGCAAAGCACGGCCUUGUCGUGACGCCCCCACUCCUGCCCUCCGUCGAUGUCACGAGCACCUUUGUUGGCGAACCUUCUCCUGGCAUGCCGCCCCCAGUACCUUCCCCGUGCCCGUCUCCGAUUCCGCCGUCAGUAUCAGAUGGUGGCAUGACUCCAGUGCCUGUCCCUCUGUCGGCCGGUAAUGGGGCCCCUGUGCUUCGAAUCAUGGAGGGCGAAGAGUUUGUGGACACUACCGACUAUACAAAGCACCAGGAGAAAAUGGAGCAACAAAUGACACAUCAAGAACAACAAAUUACUCAGCAAGAGCAGCAAGCGCGCGUAUCCGAGACACUGUCAGAGGCAGACAGUGAGAGGGCCGAGUCGCUAACGAUCCAGGACUUCGAAAUGCUGAGUGUGCUGGGCAAGGGCAGUUUCGGUGCCGUAAUGCUUGUGCGCUUCAAGAAGGACGGCCGAGUGUUCGCCCUCAAGAUUAUCAAGAAGACCAACAUGGACCAGGCGGACGUUCAGAACGCGAUGGAAGAGCGGCAAAUUUUGCAGCGCAUUCACCACCCGUACAUCUGUGGCCUGGUCUUUGCCUUCCAGACCAACGAGCGCCUGUACCUUGGAAUGAAGUACUAUGCUGCUGGAGAUCUCUUCUACCACCUGAAUAUGAAGGGCCGCCUGGGUGUGAAGGACGCCAAGCUGUACGGAGCAGAGCUCGUGCUAGCCAUCUCGUACCUCCAUGAACUCAACAUCCUUUACCGCGACCUCAAGCCAUCCAACGUCAUGAUUGAUUCGGAGGGCCACAUCGGCGUAGUCGACUUUGGGCUUUCCAAGCAGCACAUUUAUGGCAGCAGCUUUGGCGUCAAGACGCUGUCGGGUACGGCUGAAUACGUGGCACCGGAAGCACUUGCGCAGUCUGCGGACGGAUCCCGUAACUACGGCAAAGCGUACGACUGGUGGAGUCUCGGCGUCGUUAUCUACGAAAUGCUCGUGGGUGAAUCACCGUUCUACGAUGAGAACGAGCACAAGAUGCUGAGCCGCAUCGCGUACUCGGACGUGGUUUUCCCCUCGGACUUCCCACGCGAUGCGUAUGACCUCGUGAAGGGGCUGCUGUGCAAGGACCCGAAGCAGCGACUCGGGUCUGAGCGCAUGGGCGGCGUGGACGCCAUCAAACGCUGCAAGUUCUUCAGGCAUAUUGACUGGGACAAGUUGCUGCGGCGAGAAGUCAAGGCCCACUGGACCCCAAAGCUCAGCGGCGAGACGGACACCCGAUAUGUGGACCCCGAGUUCAUCGACGAGGGUCCGCCUUCAGCGGCGUACGACCCGAGCGCCGAGACGAGCAACUCCCUCAGCAAGCGCUUCAGCCAGUUUUCAUUCAAUUACAGUCUCGGG